GCCACUUUUAGUUAUUAACUCAUCGUCACUCAUGAUUAAUUUCGGCCAGGAGACACUAGAACCAUCCUACUUGAUAACGUCUGAGGGGUGGUUCGUCUAUCCAGCAGCCACUCAGUGGUACCAGCUGAUCGCCUUUCCCCCCCGUCUAUUGCAAUGCGUUGGUACCUUACCGGGUUUAUAAAAGCAACAGAGGCGGUGCCUUUUCAUCAGUCAGUAUCUGAACGGGAUCAACGUGUGUUUGUUUUGUGAGACGGCAUUUGGCAGCCAUGCAGUGGAGCGCAAUGGAGAUCAACCCUGAGAUGCUGAACAAAGUUCUGGCCCAGUUGGGUGUGUUGGAUGGCUGGAAAUUUGUGGAUGUCUUGGGAUUUGAGGAUGAAUCUCUGAGCAAUGUUCUUACACCAGUCUGUGCAGUACUGCUACUCUUUCCCCUUACUCCACAGCAUGAAAACUUUAGACAGAGCCAAAUAAAGGAGCUACAAGAGAAGGAUGCAAACAAGAAAGUAUAUUUCUUAAAACAGACUAUUGGUAAUUCCUGUGGUACAGUUGGGCUUAUUCAUGCUGCAGCAAAUAAUAAGGAUAAAUUAAAUUUUGCUGAAAAUUCUGUGUUAAAGAAUUUUAUUGAAGAAACUGCUACACUUUCACCUGAAGAGAGGGCGAAACACUUGGAAAAACAUGAGGCCAUAAAGUCUGCUCACAACUCCGUGGCAGCUGAAGGACAAUGCAGGGAGAACAGUGAUGUAAACUUUCAUUUUAUAUUAUUUACUGCUGUUGAUGGACAUCUUUAUGAGUUGGAUGGCAGACUUCCUUCCCCUGUGGAACAUGAUGCUACCUCUGAAGAGACUUUACUAAAGGAUGCAGCCAAAAUAUGCAGACAGUUUACUGAGCGCGAACAAGGGGAAGUUCGUUUUUCUGCCGUGGCUCUAAGCAAAUGCGCUUAACUGUGCAGAUACAAAGCAGCUUAUAAUUCCAUAUACACUCAUAGACAGUGCAGCUUAAUACUUUUAACUGUUUAGAGAAGUCAUUCAGUUUCUUGCUCCAGGCACUUGUGUGUAAAACACCAGCCCAAAGUGCUGAUCUGCAUAUAUGGAUACAAAUCUGUAUGUUGUUGCUGUGAUCUGAUGCUUUACUUGCCUUUUCAAUUUGUAAUUGCUAACCACUUAAGUGCCACACCUUGUUCUGUUGAAGAAUAAAACGUUGUUUCCGACUUA